ACACGCCCUUUGACUUGCGAAGGGGGGAAAAGUUUUAAGGACAGAAAAAAAAAAAAAGCCUAAAUCACGGAAGAGAUUCUGCAGUCCUACUAGUUUGGCAAGUUCCCUGAGCUGAAAGCAGCGCAGAAAGGCGGAGAAGAGCGCAGAAAGUCCCUUUUGCGCACAUUUAAAACGCUUCUCUUGUCCCGCAGACCGCAAACGAGAGAAGAGUCAUGGAGGGUGCCAUUCAGACCAUUGUGAAAGUCUUCCUGAAGGCGGCCAAAGGGAAGGACGGUCUACAAAAGAAAGAUUUCCACGGCCUUGUCAAGUCCCAGCUCAGCAACAUCCUCACGGACACAGACUCCAAGGAGGCGGUCAGUAACAUGGGCGAGGGGCUGGACGCCAACCAAGACGGCAAAGUGGGAUUUGAGGAGUACAUGAAGUUGGUGGGCUACCUGGCGUGCUCGCUCAGCGAGCAGCGCGUCCUCUCCAAGCAGGAGCAAGCUCCCAGCGCAAACGCCACGUCCGAACAAGCGGCGAAGAGCGACGCCGAUAAAGCCGAGGAGAAGCCCGUGACAAACGCUGAGCCCAAGGAGGAUGCAAAGCCAGAGGCGAAUGAAAAUGCCGCCGCAGCAAAGGCGGAGGCGAAGGCGGAGACGCAGCCCGAGCCGGCAAAGGAAGAGCCCGCAGCCGGGGCGGCGAGCGCGCUCGCCGCCGCGGCUGGAAACGCAGUGGAAGCCGCGGUGACGGCGGCGGCAGAGGCGGUGAAGUCAGAAGAGGCGACAGUGGAGGUGGUCGUGAAAGAAGGCGGGAAGCCGGCGGAGGAAACGGCGAAGGUGGUGGAAGACGCAGAGAAGCAGCCGGCCGCGGCGGAGGAAGAAGUGGAGAAGAAAACGGAGGAGGCGACUUCAUAAUGGACAAUUCAUUCCUUCAAACAGAAAAUAUGCACACUACACAUUUACAUUCAACACGACACCAAACAGCACAACUAUCGCCAAAAGCAGUUGGAAAAAAAACCACUAAAAUGUUUUUUCGUUUUUUUUUUUUUUUUAACAAAACCACUUUGUAGCACAAAAUAUUGGUAAAAGUUCAAACACUACAAACCCAGCUCCGCAAAACUCUCAAAUCCUGACAUAUAUAAUUGUUGUACGUGACAGUAGAAAUAUUGCUUUUGUACUUCUACUUACCACUAUGUUCAUAUAUGUACAGCAUGUGCAUUACAACAUAUAGCACAUAUACCUCAUUAUGAUAAUAUCCUAUUGUAGCAUGCCGACACACACUAUCACGUGCGGGCUAUAUCCUUGUGAAAAACCUUAUCUGAUGAUUUCAUUGCACAUGUUGCUGUAUGUUAACACACCACUGCGGAUGACAACUUGUUUUGCUCCUUUCUGUGUCCUGCAGCUUGGCAUUACUUACCCGCUUUGUGCUUUUGGUGCUGGAUGCUCGCGUCUCUAAAGACUAGAAAUAUGCAUAUGAGCUUAGCAACCAAGAUCUAGAUGAGAAGAGAAAUGCCACUGAUAAAGUCCACCCAAAGAAUUUGAACCCACAACCUGCAGCCGACACAUGAUCACUGGGAAAGGCAGGAGACGGCCGAAUCUUAAUGCACCUGUGACGCUUCAGAAUUGUGUUGUCACUGUUUGGAUGUUUCAUAAAUUGUCUACACUUCAGGUUUUGUAAAAUAAAAGGAUAAGAUGCAUAUCUGGUGGAUUCUGGCAGUUUUUCGGAAAGAGUCAGGCCAGACGCUGUUUGCAGCGUCUUUACGGAGCCCAGUUUAAUCCACACUGGCGCAGAGAGUGGUAACAGUCUUCUCACGCAGCUCUCGGCAAUAUGCACAUUUCAUUAAAAAAAAAAAAAAUGUCUCUUUUCAUUAGAUGGGUGCAUGAUACUGCGUCCCUUUAUAACCCCGUGCUGCGGAGCUGAGCUAACAUGACAAUAAACAAAUCUGUUUUGUUGAAGCUUUGCAUUACUUCUGCUCACCUCUAAGCUUCCCCAUCACACCCUCCUCUUUCUCCUCUGUCUUUCACGGGCGAUCGGUCUCUGUCUCACAGAUCCCAGUAAAAGUUUUCUUCAUCUCGCUUUGUAGUCGUAAAGGAGGCGCUGGAAGAUCAGCGGUGACCUCCAGUUAAGUGAUCGAGGUUCACUCGAGCCACUUUGGUGUUGACCAGUACAUUAUCCGGGCGAACCCUGGUAGCGGUGGACGGAGGAGACUGACAGGAAAAUGUCUCGGCAGAAACCCGACCUGUUGUUUUAGAGGCUCUCUUCAAAAUUACUCAUCAUUACUUGUUUUCUGCCGGACUGGGCUCCGGCUCUUCGGCCCUUUGUGUGUGUGUGUGUGUGUGUGUGUGUGUGUGUGUGUGUGUGUUUGUCGGUCACGCCCAUGUGCAGUUUAACGACCCUGUUUGACCUGCAACUGGAUCCUUGUGCACCAGGCAUUGGGGGAGCUACUGGACUAGGCAUUUGAUGGGUAACACACUCUGGGGCACAGUUACCUGAGAGUAAUCCCAGGCCGCAGUGGAGCUGCCCAUCGGACGAGGGUGUAGCGUCGAGGAGAUCGUCGAUAGAGGUUGUGCUUUUUAAAGUGAAAAUAAAUACUGAGCCAUCACUAUGAAUCAUUUUGGUAAAGUCUUGUACAACAGGCUGAAGUUAAAAUGCUGCAUGCUGUCAGAAACGUAUUUUCUACAUUGUACCAUUAUAUUAGAAUUUAUUGUGGCCUUUGUUUAAUUUCUUCCAGGCCUCUCUAUAUUUAACUUUCAAAACCAUAUCUAACUCUUAUUUGGACCACUAUGGAGAUCACUUGAAAAUGUUUUUUUUUUUUUUUUUUUUUGUCACAUUAUAAGCGAUUUGUCAAUUAGAAUUUAUUGAGUUGUGAAUUGUUGCAUCAUCAGUGACGUGCGCGGGCUCGAGGAAAACGGCGUGUGUUCCACGCUCGCUGCGUCGUGGGUGUACACAGCCAGCUGCAAAGUGCCUGUAGGCACACCGCUAAACCCGCACCUCAGGCGCUGCGACAGCGUUUGGCACGUCCAGCUGCAGCAAGCAGCAAAUGGCGAGACAAACAAGCUCGUGUCAUGUGAUCAACCUGCCAUUCUGCGACACACCCAUUGUAAAUACUCACACACAUUUUUUACUCGCAGUGCAUUACAUUUCCCGCUUUCACUUUUACUAACAAACCUAUUGGACACUCUGGGUUUUUUAGACUUCUUUAUUAUCUCUUUCAUUAAAAUAUAUGUACUUUUUUUUAAUAACAAAAUACUUUUUAGGUACUUCUGUACGAACAAUCUUACAAUCAGCAUUAUUUUUAUUAAUAGAAACGCCAUCUUUCCAUCGUCACACCAACAUGGGGGUGUGAUUCCAUACAGUAGGGUGUAUGAAGCAAAAGUCACUUUACUGAUGUGAUAAAAUGGCUCAACUUGCACUACCGACAGUUUCAUGUAUAUUCAGCUAAGUUUCCUGCGCAUCAUCUGGUUACGAUCACACUACAGCCUGCAUUAGAAAUGAUGUGAAAUACCCAGAUACCCAGAGGAGUUGCAUUCUUCCAUCAAAGAGGCUGGACUAUCUGCGCUCGCCGUUUCGUUGCUGUCCCGUUGUGUAAACCACACCCGAGCUUAACUCAUGCAGAUUAAAAACAUGCUGGAACCGAGCGCGGCAGAUUUACAGCAGGGAGUGUUUGCAGGCCAGAUUUCUGUUGCCACACAAUAAGUCUCUCUUCAGCGUGAGACUCGGUUGAUGAAGAUGAAGCUCGUGCUAAGAGGCCUUGAAGCAGACACAAAAAAGUGUGUACACAAGUGUUUUUAAGGCUCAUUGGGUGAAAUGUUUGUGAUUAUUGGGCCAUUCCCAGGAUGUUGUGCAGGCUUUUUAUCAUUGUACGUGUUCGUAUUGCCUGCCAAGCGCUGGAAGGUAUGUGUGUGUGUGUGUGUGUGUGUGUGUGUGUGUGUGUGCUUUACAGUUGGACACAGUCCAUUGUCAUGUCCAGUAAACUUAACUUUUUUUUAAUACUGCUACUUCUCAUGUAACGCUGUUUCUUUUUUUUUUUUUCUCUCCCACUUAUUCUAUCCAACGUGUAUCAGGAGAUAUCGAAUAAAACUGUGACAAUA